AUGGUAUUGGAUCUUUCUCAUGAGGAUUUCAACAAAAUUUAUCAUGACAACGAUGAAACGAAUGCAAUGCGUGCAUCGGCAUCGCAUCGUAUCAAGCGUUUAUCGCAUCGCAUCGGUGUGAGCGAUGCGGGGCCCCGCAUCGCAUCGUCCGCAUCGGAAAAACCGAUGCGGAGAAUCGGCAUCGCAUCGAUUUCCCGAUGCGAUGCCCGAUAUUUUGCAGGCGAUGCCGAUAUUAUCGGCAGGCAUCGCCUGAACCUUGGUUGUGACUCCGUUCCUGAAGUUGACUCCAGAGAGUCCAGUCCGCGAGUCACUCCCGACUCCGAGUCCAACUUCAAGUUCAAGCGCCACGUUCAACCCAAGUUGAACACGACAUCGAUUCGUUGGACUCGUCGCUCGGAGUUGGACUCGCCCCAAGUUGAACACGACAUCAAUUCGUUGGACUCGUCGCUCGGAGGCGGACUCGCCACCGGAAUUGGCUUUGGACACUUGAUAGGGAUUAAUUUAAAUUAG